GUUGCUAGAGGGAAAAUGGAUUCUUUAUUUCACGUCCUGGUUUCUACCUGUCUUGCCUUGACAUUCUCAGAAGGGUUUCUGAUUAUCCAUGUCCAGAAACAGCAGUGUCUUUCAGAAAAGAGAGGAGUCAUUAUGGAAAAGUGCAAUAUGACCAACCUCAACCAGCAGUGGCAGUGGACAGGAGAUGACAGGCUCCUCCACGUGAAAUCUGCCCAGUGCCUGAGCAUCUCGACACGAUCUGCCCUCUCAUCUCGCAGCAUCAUCACUGAUUGUCCCCAGGCAGUCAGGUGGAUUUGUCACAAGGAGGAUGGGCUCCUGAAGGUGGCCAACAGCUCUCUCUUUCUCACAAAGCAAGGUCAGAAGGUAAUGGCGAAGCAGAGUAAGAAAUACCUUCAUACCUGGAUGCAGCUAGAAGCCAGUGAGACGGGAAAACCGGUUUAUGUAAAUCUGUGCUCAAAGCAAGAUCUCCAAGAUGCAGACAGUUCUGUAUGGAGUAUUGGAACUACAUCCUCCCCUUUAAAUGCUGCUACCUCUAGGCCUGAAAAUCUGCUGAAGAGUAGCACAGAGAUGUUCAUCAGAAAUGUGACUGAUCAUUUCAGUAAAAAUCUCAUUGAAAACCUCUACUUUGACUUGAAAUCUGUGGUAACAGAGAAAGCCUGGAUUCCAACAACUACUCUUCAAUACUCUAGCACAACUGAAGAGGCCGCGCCGGGGGAGGCGGAGGGAUGCAAGGCCAACCUGACGGAGCGGAGCGUGUCCGGACAGAGCGUCCGUCUGCGCUGGAUCGCCGCGGACCGCGCCUGCAAUUUCAGUCUCAGCGGGAUCUCGGAGUCCGGGGGGGCGGCCGGCUGCCAGCCCGCCCCCAGCAACAACGGCUCCUUCGGCUGCACCCUGCGGGGCCUGGAGGCCGGGACCUGGUACCACCUCCGCAUCGAACCGCUCGCCGGCGGCGAGGCUGUCAACAUCUCCGUGCAGACAGAUCCCUUACCACCAUCUCAUUUUGAAAUUAAUAAGGAAAAAACUACCCCCACAAGCUUGCAGGUUCAGUGGGAUCCUUCCUCAGGAACGGUGGACUUUUAUAACAUACUAUUAUUUGAUCAUGAUAAUAAAAAGGUUCAAGAAAUCUCCAUACCAGGAAGAAUUUCAAGAAUGGAAACCACUUUUUCCAGUCUUAUCCCUGGGAAUAAAUACAACAUUAUCCUCAGUGCAGUUGCUGGAAAUAAGAGUACCCCAGAAAUUCACAUAAGCGGAUCUACCGUGCCAUCCCCUGUGAAAAAUAUUCAGGUCAGUGUCAAGACAGACACUAUCCAUGCUUCAUGGUCUCCUGGCUCUGGGCAUGUGGAUCGUUACAGGCUGGUGUUACUGGAUGAUCAUGGCCCAGUUCAUGAGCUUCAACAAGAAGAUCCUUUGACCUCCUACACUUUUUCUGGACUUAUAGCAGGCCACCUGUAUAACCUUUCCAUCAUAACCCAGGCUGCAGGACUGGAGAGCAUCAGUUUUCAAACUGUCAGGACAGUCCCAGCUGAAGUCUUAGAUUUGACGGUGACUAAUGAUGACAGCGUAGAUACAUUUACAGUUAAGUGGAGACGACCUUCAGGAAACCUCAAUUUCUAUAAUGUUACUCUGUCUCAUCUUGGAUCAGUUGAAGAAGUCAAAACUCUACAGCCACUGGUCACAGAGACUCACUUUGACAAGCUAACUCCAGGACGUCUUUAUCAGGUUACUGUCCGCACAGUCAGUGGCGAGCUGUUCACUGAUCGGAUGACAACUGGUAGGACAUUUCCCCAGAAAGUUUCUGAGCUGAAGGCCAGUGGUGGUGGCUGGCUGAGGUCUCUGCUGGUGAACUGGCUGCCCCCUGUGGGAGACUGGGAGAGGUACCGCCUGCUCCUCUGGAACCGCUCGGCACUGGUGCUCAACACCACCCUUGAGAAGGAUGCCACGGAGUACUUGAUCCACGAUCUGGGCCUCAUUCCAGGGAGGCAGUACAGCGUGGAUGUUGUGGUGGAGAGUGGUGAAUUGCAGAGCAAGGCGAGCUGCACAGGGAGAACAGCUCCAGAGCCUGUUCUGCAACUUCGUGUGAAGCAUGCUGAUGAAUCUUCACUUAGUGUCAUGUGGAUUACCCCUGUUGCAGAGUGGGACAGCUAUGUGGUUUCACUGGGAGACAGGGAUCUGACUGUCAUAAAAAAAGGUCUUGCAAAAGAAGCUAAGGAAUUCACUUUCACUGAGUUGGUACCUGGAAGAAAAUACACAGCUACCGUCACUACCAUCAGUGGGAUUUUAAGCAACUGGACUUCAGUGGAAGGAAGAACAGUGCCAGCCCAAGUGACCAAUCUGACCGUGGCAAGUCAGGGAUCAACCAACAGCUUGUUCACCAACUGGACGAGAGCCUGGGGAGAUGUAGACUCAUACCAAGUGCUACUGAUUCAUGAGAAUGUUGUCAUUAAAAAUGAGACUGUUCCCAGUGAAACCAGCAGAUACCACUUCUAUCCACUGAAACCAGGAGGACUUUAUUCAGUUGUUGUCACCACUAUCAGUGGGGGAAUAUCUUCAAGGCAAAUGAUUGCAGAGGGGAGGACAGUUCCUUCCAGCGUGACUGGAGUAACAGUAAAUAACUCAGGUCGCAGUGACUACCUCAGUGUUUCUUGGCUGCCAGCUUCUGGAGAUGUAGACAACUAUUUGGUGACACUCUCUCACAAUAACCAGAUUGUUCAGACUCUCACCGUUCCCAAAUCCCUCAGCGAAUGCUCCUUCAGCAGCCUUACUCCUGGGACACUUUACAAUGUGAUGAUUACCACAAGGAGUGGGAAGUAUGAAAAUUAUUCCUUCAGCCAGGAACGAACAGUCCCUUCAAGUGUUCAGGGACUUACUGUCAGCAAUUCAGCCAGAAGUGACUACUUGAAGGUGUCCUGGCUACAUGCCUCUGGAUAUUUUGAUAAUUAUGAAGUGAUCAUCAAGAACAACAAUGAUUUCAUCCAAACAAAAACUGUCGCAAAGGAUGAAAAUGAAUGUGUGUUCACUAAUCUGGUCCCGGGGAGGCAAUACAGUAUCACAGUCGUCACAAGAAGUGGAAAAUAUGAAACUAAUGAAAGGAUCUAUGGCAGAACAAUGCCAGAGUCAGUGAAGGAACUGACUCUUAGUAACAGGAGCACAGAAGAUCUGCAGGUAACUUGGUCAAAAGCUGAGGGCGAUGUUGAUAAAUACGAGAUUCAGCUCCUCUUCAAUGAUAUGAAGAUCUUCCCACCCAUUUUCCUUGGGAACACUGUUGAAGAAUAUUGGUUCACAGCUCUGACUCCAGGACGUCUAUACAAAAUUCUUGUCCUGACCAUCAGUGGAGAUGCACAACGUGCUACCUUCAUAGAAGGCCUGACAAUUCCAAGUAUGGUCAGAAACAUCCAUAUAUCACCUAACGGCAUGACAAACAGCCUGAAAGUGAGCUGGACUCCUGGAGGUGGAGAUGUUGAUUCCUACACCGUGACUAUAUUUCAGCAAAACCAUCAGCUUGAUUCCCAGAGUGUUUCCAAACACAUCUCUGAGCAUGUGUUUCAUAAGUUGGAAGCUGGGGAGCAGUACCGUGUGGAGGUGCAAUCUAACAGUGGCACCUUGCACAACAGCUUGGCAGCUUUUGGGAGAACAAUUCCAGCCUCUGUCCAGGAAUUAUUAGCCCAUCAUGCUUAUAGUAGUCAUUCCUUGUUGGUAACCUGGCAAAAAGCUCCUGGUGUAGCUGAAAGAUACGACAUUCUGCUCUUGAAUGAGCAAGGGAUCCUCCUGAGCAACAAAUCAGAGCCAGCUACUGCCAAACAGCACAAAUUUGAAGAUUUACUAGCUGGCAAGAAGUACAAAAUACAAGUUUUGACAGUCAGUGGUGGGCUCUUCAGUAAACGAGCAGAAACUGUGGGCCGAACAGUUCCAGCAGCUGUCACAAAUCUGAAGGUCACAGAGAACACGACUGACCGGCUGUCCUUCAGCUGGACCACCUCAGAAGGGGAGCUUGAUUCAUAUGACAUCUUCUUAUACAACCCAGACAAGUCCCUUCAUGACAGGAUUUCAGGAGAGCAGCACCUCCAGCAGUGUUCAUUCCAGAACCUGCAGCAAGGCAGGAUGUAUCGAAUGGUGAUUGUUACCCACAGUGGAGAACUCACUAAUGAGUCGUCUGUCUUUGGAAGAACAGUACCAGCCCCAGUUGUUGAUCUCAAGGCAUCCAACCGAAACAUGACAGACAGUCUGUGGUUCACCUGGGGUCCAGCAGCAGGAGAUGUUGACUUCUAUGAGCUGAAUCUUUAUAACCCAAAUGGGACACAGAAAGAAACAUGGCACAAGAAAGACCUGAAAGAGUGGCAUUUCCAGGGACUCGUUCCUGGCAGAAAGUACACUCUAGUUGUUGUGACUCACAGCGGUGACCUGAGCAAUACAGCAAAUGCUGAAGCAAGAACAGCACCCAGCCCUCCUAAUAGUGUAUCGUUUACUGAUGUUGCAAACACUUCCUUAUCAAUCACUUGGAUGGGUCCUCCAGACUGGACAGACUAUGAUGACUUUGAGUUGCAGUGGCUUCCAAAAGAUUUCCUCACAGUAUUCAAUCCCUACAGCAGCAGCAAAUCCAAAGUACGUAUCAUCUAUGGCCUGCGACCAGGAAGACUCUAUGAGUUCAGUGUCAGAACUGUCAGUGGUGACAGCUGGAAGACAUACAGUCAGUCACAGUCUGCAAGUGUGAGAACAAAACCAGACAAGAUACAAAGUCUUCACUGUCGGCCCCAGACCUCUACUGCCAUUGCAUGUUCCUGGACUCCUCCUGAUUCUGACUUCGAUGGGUAUAGUGUCGAAUGCAAAAAAAUGGACACUGGUGAAGUGGAAUUCUCUAAAAGGAUAGAUAAAGACAAAUCUCUUCUUAAUAUCAUGACCCUCGUUCCUCACAAGAGAUACCUGGUGUCCAUCAAAGUGCAUUCUGCAGACAUGACGAGUGAAGUAGUUGAAGACAGCACCAUCACAAUGAUUGACCGUCCCCCUCAGCCACCUCCAGACAUACGAGUGGACAAAAAAGAGGUGCUGAUUACCAAAUCCUCCAUCAACUUUACUUUUAACUGCAGCUGGUUUAGUGAUACUAAUGGGGCUGUGAAAUACUUCACUGUGGUUGUGAGGGAGGCUGAUGGUAGUGAAGGACCAAAGCCUGAUGAGCAGCACCCAUUACCUUCCUACCUGGAGUACAAACACAAUGACUCUAUACGCAUCUACCAGACAAAUUAUUUUGCCAGUAGAUGUGCUGAAAACCCUGACAGUGACUAUAAAAGCUUUGACAUUAAGCUUGGAGGGGAAAUGGAAAAUCUGGGAGGAAGGUGUGAUCCAGAUCAGCAAAAAUUCUGCGAUGGACCUCUAAAGCCUCGGACCACUUACAGGAUCAGCAUACGAGCUUUUACCCAGCUCUUCAGCGAAGACCCGAAGGAACUCCCUAAACCACUCUUUGCAGACACCUUCUUUUCUUUACCCAUCACUACAGAGGCAGAGCCUCUGUUUGGAGUUAUUGAAGGUGUGAGUGCUGGCUUGUUUCUGAUUGUGAUGUUAGUGGCUGUUACUGCUUUAUUUGUCUGCAGACAAAAAGUUAGCAACGGACACGAGAGACCUACAGCUAGGCUGAGCAUUCGCAGGGACAGGCCACUCUCAGUCCAUCUGAACUUGGGGCAAAAAGGGAACCUGAAAACUUCCAGUCCGAUCAAAGUCAGUCAUUUUGAAGCACACUUCACCAAACUUCAAGCAGACUCCAACUACCUCCUGUCUAAGGAGUAUGAGGACUUGAAAGAUGUGGGUCGAAACCAGACAUGUGACAUAGCACUUCUGCCAGAGAACAGAGGGAAAAAUCGAUACAAUAAUAUAUUGCCCUAUGAUACAUCAAGAGUGAAACUUUCCAAUGUGGAUGAUGACCCUUGCUCAGACUAUAUUAAUGCAAGCUACAUACCAGGCAAUAAUUUCCGCAGGGAAUACAUAGCAACUCAGGGCCCUUUGCCUGGCACCAAAGAUGAGUUCUGGAAGAUGGCAUGGGAGCAAAAUGUCCACAACAUUGUCAUGGUAACCCAAUGUGUUGAGAAGGGCCGGGUAAAAUGUGAUCACUACUGGCCCCUUGACCAGGAUUCCUUGUACUAUGGUGACCUGAUCGUUGAGAUGCUGUCUGAAUCAGUGCUUCCAGAAUGGACUAUACGGGAGUUUAAAAUAUGCAGUGAAGAGCAGCUUGACUCAACAAGGCUUAUUCGUCACUUCCACUACACUGUCUGGCCAGACCAUGGUGUGCCAGAGACCACCCAGUCCUUGAUCCAGUUUGUCAGAACUGUGAGGGAUUAUAUCAACAGGACCCCAGACACAGGACCAGCAAUUGUGCACUGCAGUGCUGGUGUUGGCAGGACUGGAACAUUCAUUGCACUGGACCGAAUUCUGCAGCAGCUGGAUUCAAAGGACACUGUGGAUAUUUAUGCAGCAGUCCGUGAUCUAAGGCUUCACCGGGUUCACAUGGUUCAGACAGAGUGUCAAUACGUAUACUUACAUCAAUGUGUGAGAGAUGUGCUAAGAGCCAGAAAACUUCGCAGUGAACAAGAAAAUCCCUUGUUUCCAAUAUAUGAAAAUGUGAAUCCAGAAUAUCACAGAGAUGCUGUUUAUUCAAGGCACUAAGAAUGUUACAGACAUCUGCUUUUGUGACCACUAGGCGUUUUUGUCAACUAAGGGUUUUGUUUGGUUUUUUAAUGUAUGUAUUUCAUGCACUAGAAAGGUGCCAGACCAUUCUUUUGGGACUGUGCAUAAUUUAUUGGUCUGGUGAUUUUUAAAAUAUACAUAAUUUAAGUGUAAUAGAAAUUAUUGUAUAUAAUUGUAUUUUGGCAUUAUGUAAAUAUGUUUUUUCUAUAUUGUUUAUAUUAAUAUUAAGCUUCAGAUAAUAGUAUUUUUUCUUAUCAUAGUUUUUAUGAACUGUUCUACAUAAACUAUUUUGAAUUGUAUGGCUAACAGGACUGCUGUGUUUGGGGCAGUAUUGGCAUGAAACACAGAGGAAAAAGCCUAUAGGGAGAACCUAAUUUUUCUUAAACCAGUUCAGUGUUUUUGAGAUGAAAUAAGCUACUAUUAAGUAAGGGAACAGUAGUCCUGUGUAGGAAUUACAAUGCUACUCUACACUUUAAACUUACUGCUUUUCAUCUGACAAAAAUGGGUAUAACCCAUGACACAGUGACAUACCUUUUUCAGAACUCAUUACCAGCAGAGCAAAACAGGGUCCACUGAAAGCAACUCUUUCAGUCUAUUGUGACAUAGUAGAAAAAUAUCCAACAACAUACACCACCAUGAAAGGUCUUGCAGACCUUUCCCCCAGCAUGCAUGCUUUGGGGGGAGACAGGUCACAUUAUGAUUUCUUUACACUGAUUUAAGAGAGCAGAAUCAGACCACAGCCUGUGUCUGUGCAUUUUCACAUUUGUAUAAUUAUGGUAAGAAUGGUGUUCAAGGAAAACACCUCAGACAUUCAUAUUAACAGACCUGUAAGGAUUUGCAGUCUGGCUACUUCCAUAGCUCAGAAAAAAUAAUACCGUACCAUGACAGAUAAAAAAGUAGAGAUUCUUAAUGUGUUGAAAUAAAGAGAUAAAGAGGUAUAUAUCCCACAGUUUACACAACUAGCUUUGGCCUUAAGCUGCUUGCAGCAUAGCUGCUUUGUCCCAGGUGUUGGUCUUCAAAUGCCUCUUGCUUUCACAAAGGGAAAGCAUGGCCCCAGCUUGUCCACACAGCUGCUUAGAUGUUGCUCUUUCACUUAGAUGUUGCUCAAUGUCAGCAUCACGAGGCCAGUUCACAUAGAAAAAAGUUCAUCAGUAAACCAGGGGAUGUAGGUUGGUAGGGGUCUGCUAAUCAUUGGAUGGCUGAAAGCAUUUGGUGAUUAGCAAGAAAUAUAAUCAAGAGCACUCACCAGGUAUCCUGCCCAGCCAAGCGGAUUAGGCACAUCCUCUCUCUUCUGCAAAGAGGAUUUUCAGUCAAGGGACUGAACGUGCUGUUCAGCUAUUCUUUGUCUUUAUGAAACACUCUUCAAACAGAGAAGCAGUACACAGUUCUCAAUCACAAAAAGAAAGAAGGGCUCCAUAGUUCUCUUGUCAUGUAUCUACUCUUACUUUACCUAAAGAAAACUUAGCCUGCUGCUGAAUACAAGUGCCUAAAUCCCGUGAGGCCUCCUGAGAACCUGCCAAUGCACUGAAGUGCCUAACUGAGGAACUGCUGUGGCCCUCAGUCUAGACUACUGUGAUUUCACCAUGUCAAAUGGGAGCUGCAAUCUCCUUGGAGUAGGAACACCUACCUGAUGAUGGCUGAAGAAAUCUUCUAGGUGGCUGUGACAUAGUUUGCUUAAAUCAUUCCAAAGCAGAAGCAGCAGGACUAUGCACAUUAAUGUCACUCUGGUUUCCCUAGAAGGCUCACGGUCAUUCUUCCUUCCUGCUCCAUCUGUAGUUGCACCCUUUCUUGACCCUGUAUCUUCAUAUGAAGCUACCCUUCAAAUCACCGAUCACAACUGCUCAGAAUAUGUAAGCUUGGUUAACCUUUUAGAUGUCUCUCUAUGAAAAUACUGCUCUUUCCUUUUGUAUAUCCUCUUUUGCCCCACACAAACGUUGAGAUUCACCACCCUUAAUGGGUCCCGGAGAAGGGAACUAGAAUUAUAAUGGAAGUAAUUUUUACAGAGGGAAAUCUAAGCAAAACCACAAAGAAAUGUGCAGUUUUUCUGCAGGCCACUUUUUAUCUUUAUUACUUUGCUAGAUAGACUCUAGGUUAGCAAGCAAGGACAGAAAAGCACAGCAGCUUUAUAUCAAUCAUUGGCUCUGCUAAUAACAGCUGAACUUAGGGAAUCAUGAAUAUUGCUGUUGUGUUACGUGUGCUGCAUUUAGUCCUCUCUUUUUGCAGCAGUAUCUGAAGAAAAAAGAUCACCGUGUUAGUUACCAGCAGUACAAUUACACUGUAAAAAUGUUACAAAUGUACCCUAUAAAUUAUUUCACAUGAUAUAUUACUAUGUCAUUUUUUAUGCAGAGGGAAAUGGAACUUGGUCAAUAAUAUAUGAUUUGCAGGCAAAUGUCUGAUUGUAUACUAAGUGUGCCUGUUGUUACUUAUUUUCAGAAAGAUAUGCAUUGUUCUGAUCUUUCUUUUAACACUUUCUCAGCUCCUUCCUCUGCACCCAUAGAAUUCACAAAUCUGCACCCGAAAGAAUCGUGUUGUAGCAGACAGCUUUUUUCAUUUUUUCUCUCAGCUACUAAUGGACACAAUUCAUUAGCCUCUUCCUUCUCAUCACUUAGUAACAUGACAGAUGACUUUAAGCACUCUGGCACAGUGCUCUUGAGCAGCAUUAUACCCCUGCCAAGCUGAGUCACUUGUGAGAGUGUAGGCACAUGGUAUUGCUAUGGUUCUGCUUUCUAGUCUGUUCUGAUUGAAAGAAACCAGUGUAAAUCGACCAAGGAUAAGUAAAAAGUAUCUAUGUAGCAUUUUGUUUAUAUAAGACACCUACUUAUCAGUAUAAUUAAUUAUAUUUACUGUGCCUCUAAGCUGAAUAGAAGGAAAUUGUUAAUGUAAGAAGAAAUGAACUUGAAGGAGCCUAUUUACUGAACAAAAAGACCUCUUAAGGAAAAAGACACCCUCUGCUGAAGAGGAUGUUUCUCUUUUGAAUGUCCAUGACUGAUGUUCAGAAUUCCCUUCUUGAUGUUUCCCAAUAAUAAUGUUAUAAAGCGUUGUAGUGUUGUCACUGAUCCAUAAGCUAAAGUUUGCACACUUGGAGCCCAGUUCUGUGAAUCUCUGUAUUAUCCACAAAGCUACCUGAGUACUUUCAUGAAAGGUAACUGGAAUGCUUGCCUAGAGAAUAUUAUUCCACUUCUGAAGCACUUGCAGGGUUGGGCUUUUAGGUUAAUUCAAAUUUUGUAAUGAAAGUUUUAUAAUAAUGAAAAAAUGUAUUAAAUGUGUUGUUUUUUUAAAAAAGUCUGUGCAAUACAAUUACAAGAUCCACUACCGAUUCUAGAAUGAAAAAAAAAAAAAAAGUAUUUUGCAUAGCUGGAGUAGACAAGUAAUAUGUUUUGUUACAAAUGGAACACAAAAGUGGGUGAGAGAAAUCGACAUACUGUGAAGAUGUCAUAAAAGUGCAACUUUAUAUGGUUUUUUUUCUGCUGCUAUAGUUAUUUAUACAGCUUAUAUACGUGCCUAAAAUUUCCAGAAAUAUUAUUUUAUGCCUGAUAUACUAUGAAUUUCCUUUCAUUUGUAGAACAGAAAAAAGAAAAUGUGUGUGCUUUAGGUUUGUAUUUUAUAUUAUAUAUUAUAUAUAGUUAUUUACACUUUGAAAACAGAAAGUUAAAUAGUAGACAGAUAGGAGUACAUGAGUACCUCUCAGGCGUUAAUAUGCAGACUAGUGGGGUGAGAACAACAACCUGCCUGAUCAGUGUAUUAGCAUCUCCUCCCAGGGCUGCAGAUCUCCUGACCUGUUGGUAGCACCACUAUGGCCAAAGCAAGCUGGUCAGUCACCAGCAACCUCACAGAUCAACAGGUAGUUCAGAAUGGGAUUUUUUUUUUUAAUACUGGACACUAAGGACGAGCUAAAUUUAUCAUAAACUGUGGAUUUGGGCACAUAAUGUGUUAGUGAUGCUCAUAGAUUGACAUGCCUGAUGAUUUACUUGUUCCUUGAUUUGGUUUAAAUCUAAAGAAAUACUAUAUUGUCAAGUACCUGCAUAUAUAUUGCUCUACAGUAGGGUAGUAUGCUACAUUUAAAAAACCCAUGAUAUUUAAAAUGUGGCUAGCCAUAGUGUAAAGUGUCUGAAAAACACCUUCAGCACAUACUCCAUUCUCAUUUGUUAUAUCAUUACUUAUAUUUGUGUUCCUAAUAAACACUGGGUGAACACAGUAUUGUGCUACUAUUGUCGAUUUAAUUUAUGCAUUGUUAAGUAUAUUUUUAUAUUUUUAGCUACAGUCAACAAAUCAAAUAUAUUUGAGUAUAUUUUACACAUUUUUAUAAACAGUUCAUGAAUAAAGUAAU